AGUUUCUCUGACUCGCGCGUGCUUCUCAUUCUCCAACUUUCCAUUUUCCUUUUCUGUUGGAUGACGGGACUAAGAAACUAGCCAAAAAAAACCCUAGCGCUCUCUCACUCUCUCCUUCGUUCCUUUAUCUCAUGGUUUCUCUAAGUUUCUUUUAGAUUUCAUUUUGAUGCUUUGAAUUGUUUGAUUUCAGUAUGGAAGAUAAAGAGGGGCUUGAUCCAGCUGGGACUGAAUUUAAAUCCGAUUCAACCACGAGCUCUACAGUUGCUGGACCUGACUCGGUCUCGGAUAGCGUCAAUUACUUCUUCGAUAGGGAAAGCAGUAUACUGAAUGAGUUCAGUUGGAAUAUUUUACAACCGGACCACGCCGAUGAGUUCGGAAGGUUUAGUGAAGUAGACCGGACGGCCACCAGGCCUGAUUUGGCGGGAAAUUUUAGUGGCUCAUCGAAGAGCUGUGGUGCAGCUGGUGGUUCAUGUUCAGGGACGGCGUCGAAUCCGGGCAGGUCAGCUGAAAUGCUGACACCGAAUCCGUCUGUGACUUCGAGCUCCAGCGAGGAUCCGCUGGAGAAAUCAACGGAUAUCGGCGGGAAACAGCCUGAGAUACCGAGUAAGGUGAGGAAGAAAGGGCAAAAGCGAAUUCGGCAGCCACGUUUUGCUUUCAUGACCAAGAGUGAAGUUGACCAUCUUGAAGACGGAUACAGAUGGCGGAAAUAUGGACAAAAAGCUGUUAAAAAUAGUCCAUUUCCUAGGAGCUACUAUCGCUGCACAAAUAGCCAAUGUACAGUGAAGAAGAGGGUAGAACGAUCCUCUGAAGAUCCCACCAUUGUCAUUACUACAUAUGAAGGUCAACACUGUCAUCAUAGUGUCGGAUUCCCCCGUGGUGGACUCAUCAUCCAUGAAGUUGCCUUUGCUCGUCAAUUUACUCCUACAAGCUCUCAAUUUUAUCAUCCACAUGGGAUACAGUUACAUAGGGAAAUCUCUUCAAGCACGACACGGCCACACCAAGUACCUAUUGAAGUAGGAGAAUCUCGUGAGCUUCCAGAAUCCACCUCACAGUUCCCCAAAGAUGAAGGGUUACUUGGGGAUAUUGUGCCUCCUGGAAUGCGUAACAGAUGAGAAA